AUGGCUGAUUCCUCCAACUCUAUUUGGACCAAAGAUUUAUUUUUCAUCCCCACACUAUCCGUCAUGGCAAAGCGGUUUGUUCUCCCGGCUCCCUUUGGACGCCUGCAGCUAGAGAAGUAUGAUCCCCCUGAGAAUUUAUUUAUUCCUUAUUUCUCCCAUGUCAUCGGCAUGGAUAUAGUUGGGCAUGUUAUUGACCCUGGAGAGUCCGAACGGUUCCAAAAGGGUGACCUCAUUAUGAGCACUGGAACGGUUGGUUACAGCGACGGAUGUUCCUACCAGAGUCAUGCAUUGGUACAGGUGAUCGAAUCUGAGAUACCGGUGCUUGGAUUAUCUACCCUUCCAUUCAGUCUCUCGAAAGUCGCCGACAGAAAUGACGUUGCUGCUACCCACGUGCAUAUCUGGGGUGCCAAUGGAGGGGUAGGCAAGCUUGCUAAAAUCUCUGGCUACAGUGUAGCUGCAGUUACAUCAAGUAAUGAAACUACAGCUCAGGCGCAAACCAGAGGUGCCGACUAUGUCUUUUCUAGGUCAGAUCCAGACCUAAUCGCUAAGAUAAAGUCUGUUGCGCCUGAUCAGCGUCUCGCGUUUCAUACGGUUGUUACUGAGGAAACCAUCUCAAAGAUUGUGGACUGUUGUAAGAAGCCGAUAACAGUGGCUACUGCUAUCAAGUACACGGGAGCGCCUAUUGAUGGCGUAUAA